CUUGCCUCAACACCCACGCAUCCUUCUCUCUGUGUGUCUUUGGGAUAAUCGAAAACUCUCUGAAUAUUAUUAUUUUCUCGUCAUUUUUUACUAUGGAAAGAGAACCACUAUUAGCGUCACUUGUUUUUCAAGAUGAGGAAAUCCAGUCCGCUGAUGAUGAAUUCAGAUUACUUGAGAGAAGAAAUUCUGGUCUUACUAGAUCAAGAACUGCUCCUGCUCUGCCUAUCAUGAGAGACUUAUUGAAACAUAAUGAUGAUCAAACCUUUGAAGGAAAAACUAAACAGGAUUCAAAUUCUAUGGUUAGACAAGCAUUAGUUUUACUGAUUAUAUAUCUAAUUUUUGGUGUUACAAUAUAUUCAUUCAACAGAGAGAAUUUCUCUGUUAUUGAAACUCAUCCUGUUGUUGAUGCUUUUUAUUUCUGUGUUGUUACUAUGAGUACUAUUGGGUAUGGGGAUAUUACACCACUCACACACGCCACAAAAAUUUUCGCUUGUGUUUAUGUGUUAAUAGGUUUUGGGUUUAUAGACAUCUUGUUAAGUGGCUUAGUAAAUUAUGCAUUAGAUUUGCAAGAAGCUUUGUUUGUGGCAACUAGUCAUGUGAAUCUGGGUACAAGGCUGGCGACUAAUACCAGUGAUGGUCUUCGUUUUUCGGUCAUCAGAAAUUACAUUUUUGACGUAGAAAAAGGAAGAAUGAGGAUAAGAAUGAAGGUUGGAUUAGCAAUUGGUGUUGUCAUAUUGUGUAUUGGGAUGGGUGCUGCGGUUUUACAUUUUGUUGAGAAGUUAGAUGUGGUUGAUUCAAUUUAUCUAUCAGUUAUGUCUGUUACCACAGUGGGAUAUGGUGAUAAAGCUUUUAACACAUUACAAGGGCGAUGUUUUGCUUUGUUAUGGCUUUUGUUGUCAACUUUGGCGGUUGCUAGAGCAUUUUUGUAUCUAGCAGAGUUAAGGAUUGAUAAAAGGCAUAGAAUUAUGGCCAAGAAGAUUUUGCAUAAAGAAAUCACAGUUAGAGACUUGCUUGCAGCUGAUAUCAAUUGCAACGGCUUCCUCAGUAAAUCCGACUAUGUGAUUCACAAGCUCAAAGAGAUGGGAAAGAUUAACGACAGAGAUAUAUUGCAGAUCUGCAACCAGUUUGACAAGAUUGACACCAAUAAUUCUGGAAAGAUAACACUUCCCGAAUUACUAAGAGCAUAUACAAUGAAUCUGGCGUUCACUGAUGUCUGACAAGCAUCAAUGUGGAAUCCCUUGUACUUAGCUACAAAGGGUGCCUUGGACCAAUCAGUCUUCUCAAGCCCUCCCCUAGUUGCCCAGUCAUCUGCGUUCCACAAACUUGAGUACA